AUGGCUUCGAAGGAGAAGGAUGUGAUGCCUAGGCUACCAAUCUCUAAAUGCAAGCGUAUCGCGAAGACCGACCCAGAUUACAUCUUGACCACACAACCUGCGUAUAUUGCAACGGCCUUUGCAACAGAACUCUUUAUUCAGUCGAUCAGCGAGGAAUCAGUGGCCAUGGCACAGCUGGAGAGUAGGAAGCAAUUGAAGGGUAAGCAGAUACGGAUGAAUUACACUGACCUUGCAAGAGCAGUGUCAAGACUUGAUAAGUUUAGUUUUCUUGGGGACGUGAUUCCGGAGACCAAGGUGCUUUCGCAUUUGGUGCAGCAGAACAAGGUGCGAUAUUCGACUCCAGCACCCCAUGAUGCAAUUCGAGGCCAAGCCAUUCUACCGUUUAAGAAGAAAGAUGGAAUUGAGCUGGGUGGUGAUGGUCGUGAUCAUAUGAUGGAAAGAAUUCCCGGUGCAGAAUUACACAAUCUGGAAGGACUUGAGGUGGUUAGUGAGGACGAACAAGUGGAAGAGAGCGAACUGCAGAAGGAGAUGGAGGAGGUGGCUAAAAUGAAUCAGGUUGCUGACCUAGAUAAUGAGGAUAGCAGCGAUGGCUACCAAGAUGCGGGGCAAGACGCCGACGCACAAGAAGAACAAGAAGACGACUGA